AAAGAUAAGGAUUUAAAGCCCCACCUUUCAUUUCCCUCUCCUUACCAGUCAUGUAAACGCUCUAUCGUCAGCACAGAACAACCUCCAGGGGCCACUAAAGUUUUGGUUUUUGCCUGAUGCUAUUUCUAAAGUCUAAACUAACAUUUUGGCAGAAUUCUUUGGCUUUUGAAGCUCCAAAGGUGAAGUUGGCGAUGAAGGAGUUUUAGUAGAGUAGUAAAAUUCUGUGAUUCGAGUCAAGAUGCCUGUAGUUCCAUAUUCUAUAAGCAAUACUACCCUUAUUCCGGGAAGUGUCUUUAAAACAAGGAAGAAUAAUUGUUCGACAAGAUUUACUUUGUCAAGGAAAUUCACAACAGAGAAGCUAACCCCCCAAAGUUUUCUUUUACCUCUUUCGGCUUCUUUUAGAUUGUUUCCACCAUACAGCAGGGGAUGUUCUUUACAUCAUAAUAGAUCAAGCAUUCAUUUAUUGUCAGCCACAGGAACUGAUGUAGCAGUGGAGGAACCAGAUUCUCCAGUUGCAGAUGAAGAUUCUAGUGGAGUUUCUGAAGUUCCAUCCGAAGCAGAAAUCAGCGGAAAAUCAUCUGUUAAAUUCGAUGCCAGUCCAAGCUCUGCUCAACCAAAACGUUCAAGGCCAGUUAAAAAAAGUGAGAUGCCACCAGUGAAGAAUGAGGAGCUGGUUGUUGGUGCAACUUUUACAGGGAAAGUAAGAUCAAUCCAGCCAUUUGGUGCUUUCAUUGAUUUUGGAGCUUUCACAGACGGGCUAGUGCAUGUUUCCAGGUUGAGUGAUAGCUUUGUCAAGGACGUUGGAAGUGUUGUAUCUAUUGGGCAAGAGGUGAAGGUGCGGUUAGUUGAGGCAAACUUGGAGACUGGGCGGAUUUCUCUCACUAUGCGAGAAAGCGAUGAUGCUAGCAAGUUGCGGCAACAGGAGGAUGCACCUGCCUCUAGUGAUAAGGCUGGGCGUGGCAGAAGGAAUGCUUCAAAGCCCGGACAGAGAAAAGGUGAGGUGAAAAAAAUCUCAAAAUUUUUUAAGGGACAGGACCUAGAGGGCACAGUAAAGAAUAAGACCAGGGCUGGUGCUUUCAUAGCUCUUCCUGAGGGUGAGGAAGGAUUCCUGCCCAUAUCAGAGGAAAUUGAUGAAGGAUUUGGAAGUGCGAUGGGGGAGUCCUCACUGGAGACAGGUCAAGAAGUCAGUGUGAGAGUGUUGCGGAUCUCGAGAGGACAGGUAACCUUGACAAUGAAAAAAGAAGAAGAUGUCAAAAAGAUGGACCUACAGCUCAAGCGAGGAGUUGUCCACACUGCCACUAACCCUUUUGUGCUGGCUUUCCGCAAGAACAAGGAUAUUGCAGCAUUUUUGGAUGAGAGGGAGAAAGUAGAAGAGGUAACUUCGAAACCAGUAACAGCAAAGGUUUCAGAAGAAUUAGAAGCAACUGUUAGUGAAAGCAAAACCUUGUCUGACUCUAAAGUACAGGAUGAAUUGGUAAGCAGUGACGAUGCAGUCUCUUCUGCAGUGGAUGAAACAGUUGAAGAUGUUGAAGGUUCUUCUAAGGAUGCCAAAGUCGGGGCCAUUGUGCUAGAAGAUGCCCCAGCUGAUGCUGCAGACAGCAAAGAGGACCCAGAAACCACUAUUUCUGACUCAACUCAUGCAGUGGAUGAAACAGUUGAAGAUGGUGAGGCUUCUUCUACGGAUGCCGAAGUGGGGGCCAGUGGGCUGGAAGAUGCCUCAAUCAAUGCCGCAGACAGCAAAGAAGACCCGGAAACCACUAUUUCUGACUCAGCUGACAACAUUGAUGAUCAAGUCCAAACAAUAGAGAAAACAGAGGUAAGUUCAGAUGUUCUGGCUACUGAAGGAACUAUAUCUGCAGCGGAUUCAGUAAUCAAGGUGGCUGCUUCAGCAAAUGAGGUGGAAGCUGAUGGAAAAUUAGACUCAUCCGCAGAAACAGCUGAGCAAAUACUGUCUUCAGAAAGUUCCACAGAUACAGAGGCUACAGAGCAGCAAGCUGAUGAUGUUGUAGUAAAAGAUGAACUUCAGGUACAAACACCACCAGCGGAAAACGAAAUUCCGUCUGCUCCACCAUCUGGAGAUGAGGAGGUGGCAACUGAUCCUGAUAAAAAUGGCAGUAUUCCUAGCUCAGUUGUACAACCAGAUGAUAGUUCUUCCCAAGAAGCUAAAGAUGAAGUGAAAAGUGAUGGAGGUUCUGAUCUAUCUCAACAGUUAGCUGAUGAGCAAGCCCUAUCUCCAGAAAGUUCAACUAUUGAAGCUGUAAAAGGUUUGGCUGACAAUAACAAGGAUGAACUACAGACUCAAACACCGAACACUGAAAGUGAUGUUCUUUCUGCCUCAAAGAUUGAAGAUGAUAAGGUGGAAGCUGUCCCUAAGAAGAAUGACAGUGCUACUAAUUCAAAUGGACAAACUGCUGUUCCUUCCCCAAAUGAGAGUGUAACCAAAGCAACUAUAUCACCAGCUCUUGUAAAGCAGCUACGUGAAGAAACAGGAGCUGGAAUGAUGGAUUGUAAAAAAGCUCUGGCUGAGACAGGAGGGGACAUUGUUAAAGCUCAGGAGUUCCUAAGAAAGAAAGGCUUGGCAAGUGCAGAGAAGAAAGCCAGCAGAGCCACUGCUGAAGGAAGAAUAGGUUCAUAUAUCCAUGAUAGUAGGAUUGGUGUUUUGGUAGAAGUAAACUGUGAGACAGAUUUUGUCUCUCGGGGUGAAAUUUUCAAAGAGCUGGUUGAUGAUCUAGCCAUGCAAGUGGCUGCUUGCCCUCAAGUUAAGUAUCUUGUUACAGAAGAUGUUCCCAAGGAGAUUGUGGACAAGGAAAAAGAGAUUGAGAUGCAGAAGGAAGAUCUCUUGUCGAAGCCAGAGCAGAUCAGAUCAAAGAUUGUUGAGGGGCGGAUCAAAAAGAGGCUUGAGGAUUUGGCAUUACUGGAGCAGCCCUACAUUAAGAACGAUAAGGUUGUGGUGAAAGACUGGGUGAAGCAGACAAUUGCAACCAUUGGAGAAAAUAUAAAAGUUAAGAGGUUUGUGAGGUAUAAUCUUGGGGAGGGCUUGGAGAAGAAAAGUCAGGAUUUUGCUGCUGAAGUAGCUGCUCAAACAGCAGCAAAACCAGUGCAAAAAGAGCAGGCUCCUGCAGUGGAAGAAAUCAAGGAAACUGUUGAGAAGCCACCAUCAGUGACCAUAUCUGCUGCUUUGGUUAAACAACUACGGGAAGAAACUGGAGCAGGGAUGAUGGAUUGCAAGAAGGCUCUUUCCGAGACUGGAGGAGAUAUUGAGAAGGCUCAAGAGUACCUGAGAAAGAAGGGUCUCUCAUCUGCUGAUAAGAAAUCCAGCCGCCUUGCAGCUGAAGGCAGAAUCGGUUCUUACAUUCAUGACUCCCGAAUUGGAGUUCUAAUUGAAGUGAACUCUGAGACCGACUUUGUUGGUAGAAGUGAGAAUUUCAAGGAGUUAGUUGAUGAUCUAGCAAUGCAAGUUGUGGCCUGCCCACAGGUUCAAUUUGUAUCUGUUGAAGAUAUCCCAGAGAGCAUAGUGAAAAAGGAGAAAGAGCUUGAGAUGCAGAGAGAAGACCUUCAAUCAAAACCAGAGAAUAUCAGAGAGAAAAUUGUUGAGGGUAGGAUCUCAAAGAGGCUUGGUGAGCUUGCUCUUUUAGAGCAGCCUUUCAUUAAAAAUGACAGUAUUUUGGUGAAAGACCUUAUAAAGCAAACCGUUGCUACCAUUGGAGAGAACAUUAAAGUUCGAAGAUUUGUUCGGUUCACACUUGGGGAGACAGUUGACAAUGCAAACAUAGAGGCCGAAGCAUGAUAUUGAACAAAAAGUAAACCCCCAAAAAAAGAAAAAAAGAAAAAAAAAAAAAGGAAAAAAGGUUCCAUUAGGUCGGGUGGUUCUUGAUUCACGGAAGAGUACAGAACUUGGGUUAAACUAAUUUUUGGAUGAAAAGUAAUAUCUGAUACAUUUUUGUUGUGAUUUUAAGGAUGCUUUUUGUUUCUAUCUCCGGCGUUCACUAAUGUAAGGUUUGUAUCCCACCAGACCAACUUCUGGAAUCUCUCAUCUUCAGAGGGAGGAUAUCUUUCUUUUGUUUUAUUUGGUUUUUGAUGUAUCAAAGAUGGACGUACAUUUCUAUAGAUGCAUUUUUUGGGAA